AUGAGCCCCAACUCCACCCCUCACGGGGUACCCGAGCUCCAACAAGGGUUGUAUAAAGGCCAGCGCGGGGUUGAUCGACUUGCCUCAUCCCCAAGCUCAACUCAAAGCAACUCCACCACCACACCCCGGAUUUCCCCUCACUCUCAACCAAUCAGCUCCAGAGCCGCUCCCAACGCAAUCGAAAUUGCGCACGCCAUCCUUCAACACGCACUCGACAUUGGAAAGUCGACACUCAUAACCGGCUAG